UGCACAGUACAACAAUCAUAAUAGGCCAUGUGGAACAAGUUCCGGGCUCUCUUUCUUUAUCUUUAUAAAAAAAUUAGCAGCGGAAUCUGUCGAUAGGGUAGAGUAGCUUCCCAGCUAAAAGUUGGUGGCUGACUAAAUAAACAGCCACAUUUCUCUGACCUUUACUCUCUCUCUUUCUCUAAGUUCUAAUCCUUUUACUUUUUCUAAUCAUUCACCUUUUCAGAAUUCGCAACCUUCAUCAAUUCAGUUUCAGCCUAAACCUCCUUCUUUUAUAGCUGAUCCUCUAAAACAGUAAUAAAAAACACUUCCUAGCUUCAUUGUUCUUCAAUGGCGGGUGUUCAACCAUCAGAGGUCCACAUAAGGAUCAAUUCCAAGCGUCACAGCAGAAGGAUGAUACACCCAGUUGAGAUAGACCCACCUCCACUUCCACCAUCAUCAGCAUCAGCAACAGCAAGCCCUGUUGUUUACCAAGAAGUCAAGCAUUUCAAGAAAUGGGUGCCUUGGAUGAUACCUGCUGUUGUGAUUGCCAAUACAAUCGUGUUCUUCAUCACCAUGUACGUCAACAACUGCCCCAAGAACUCUGUCUCUUGCAUUGCUACCUUCUUGGGUCGCCUCUCCUUCCAACCCUUCAAGGAGAACCCUCUUCUUGGUCCUUCCUCUUCUACGCUAGAAAAGAUGGGGGCUUUGGAUGUGAAUAAAGUGGUACACGGCCACCAGGGGUGGCGCCUCAUUACUUGCAAUUGGUUACAUGCUGGGCUUUUCCAUAUUUUGGCAAACAUGUUGAGUCUUUUAGUUAUUGGAAUUCGGCUUGAGCGUGAAUUUGGCUUUGUACGAAUUGGGUUGCUAUAUGCAAUCUCUGGAUUGGGGGGGAGCAUGUUAUCUUCACUUUUCAUCCAGACAAACAUCUCUGUUGGUGCUUCUGGUGCAGUUUUUGGCUUAUUAGGAGGAAUGCUUUCUGAACUCAUAACUAAUUGGACAUUGUAUGCUAAUAAGUUUGCAGCAUUAUUGACCCUCAUGAUCAUCGUUGUGGUAAACUUGGCAGUGGGAAUCCUCCCACACAUGGACAAUUUUGCUCACAUUGGAGGAUUUUUUUCUGGUUUUCUUCUUGGGUUUGUGUUUCUGAUACGCCCGCAAUUUGGAUGGGUUAGCCAAAGAUAUGCUCCUACUGCUUCAAAUAAACCUAAAUUCAAGAUGUACCAGUGCAUAUUGUGGGUUAUUUCUCUAGUCCUUUUAAUUGUUGGGUUUACUGUUGGCAUGGUUUUGCUCCUCCGGGGAGUUGAUGCAAAUGAUCAUUGUUCUUGGUGUCAUUAUUUGUCUUGUGUCCCCACUUCAAAAUGGAGCUGCAACACGCAGCCUGUAUCCUGCUCGACAACCCAGACAGGCAACCAGUUGAGCAUCACUUGCUCAAACAAUGGUAAAUCCGGUACAUAUACAUUGCCAAACGCAACCAAUUCUGAAAUCCAAGGGCUAUGCCUUCAGCUUUGCAGUUGAUUUAAAGUUGGCAAGAGCACCUAGAUGCAUAAACUUCUUAUUGCAGGCAUUUUGAAUUGAUAUUCUGUUAAUACCUCUCAGCUGUUACGUGUGUUUAUCUCCUUGUAUUAAAUUGUUCUGUACAUUGCCAUUACUAUGGAUGUUAUAUUUGAGUUAUUGUUUUAAUUUAAUUUAAUUUAAUUUUUGGUAA